UCCGAACGUCCAAAUCUCAUUGUUUUUCAAAAUGACAGUUUUGUGAAAAAAUAUCGUGAUUUUUUGGAUGAUCUGCAUUUCGCUUGCUUUUAGGAAGAAACAAAAUUUGAGUUAAAAAUUUGUUGUGUGUAAAGACGUUAUAAGUUCCAUUUAUAAGUAACGAAUUCUGAAGACAUAUUUUGUGAAAUAAUUAUUCUGUGAUGGUAGUGUAAACAAAUUGUUUUUAUCGUACUCUAAUGCUCUCCAAUCAUGAGUCAAUCACCUGGCUCGAGCCAGAGCCAGAGUAUCUUGGCACCACCGAGCCCCAAUAUUCUGGAGCCAGACUCGCCUGAAUGGCAACCAGCGUCAGUGACGUACACAGAACCUGUACACUAUGAAGGCAGCAACGAUUCCACGGCAACUAUAGCGUACGAGCCUGAUGCGAUACCGCCAGGAGAGUGGCUGCAACCGGAGCCAGUAGCCACAGACGAAAGUACCAGGCAGUCGGACGAGAACAGUCUCCAAUCGUUACCUGAAGUCCAUGCAAGAGACAGGCCUGAAACUGACGAGCCACCAGCGAAAGUUAGGAAGAUCAGCUCGCCGAAGUCAGAUGAUGAGUCUGCUGGUGAAAUGUGCCCCAUUUGUCUGGAUUCUUGGGGUAACUCGGGAGACCAUAGAUUAGUGGCGCUGCGUUGCGGACAUCUAUUUGGCCUAGAGUGCGUUGAAAGGUGGUUGAAAGCCCAGAAGAUUAAGGAGCGGUCGUGCCCCACGUGCAAAAGUAAAGCUUCAAUAAAGGACUUAAGGUUUAUUUACGCUCGACGUCUCGUCGCGGCGGAUACGUCGCAAAUAACACAACUACAAAAGCAAAUAGAGACGUUGCAGUCAGAAAAGAGUAGGACAGAAUUAGAGUUACAAAAGACUAAGAUAGCUCAUAGAGCGUGUGUGCUACAACUGGAUGUAUUGCGAAGUACCCUCAUGAAGUCCCAGGUGAGCAAAGAGCAGCGUCGAAGGUCUUGGAGGUUCGCGCUGGAGAAGAACCUGGAAAUCUCCAAGGACAGAGGCUGCAGGGUCAUGACCUACAACUGCAGGACUUAUGAGUUGUACGUGUCACAGAAAAGCACCAACUAUUUAUUUCCCGGUUACGGGAUAAGGAAAGUCAGUUGCAUCGACUAUAAACUGGGGCAGUUCGUGCAUCUGCACCCGAAGCCUAUUAGGGAUAUAACGUAUUCUCAACCCAGAGACCUAUUGUUAAGUGUGGGCUUGGAUAGUACGGCCAGGAUAGUGGAGCGAGGGAUCCCUAGUGUGACGGUUAACGCCGGGAUGCCGCUGUGGUCAUGCUCGUGGGAUUACCUGCGCAGUAACGAGUUCUACGUGGGAGGAGUCGGUGGUAUUAUCCACCAAUACGACGUGAGAAACCCCGGCACGUACCUCCAAAUGUUAUCGUCUCCUGAAGACAUUACUCCUGUAGUCUCGCUCUGUUCGACAGAAUUCGGACUGUUAUCGUGCCAGCUGACUUCGGGGAAGUUGUGGGUGGCUAACAUGAGGCGAUGGGAGUCGAGGGCGCUGCCUAUAUCCGGUUCCUUUAUGUCGUUAUGCUACGACAACGAAUCGCAUCGAGCGGUGGUAUACUCCAGACCCAGCGCAGGCGGCUUAGAACGCUCUAAACUAACCAUAUGUAAGUUGAAAGCCAGCGUGCCCAACGGGGAAGUUCUAUGCGAUGUAGAAGAUACGUUAUUCGGGUCGACUCGAUCCUCGUUGAUGUCGAGAGCGGCGUGGGUUAGGGCCCCCGGAGCGUCGUGGGUCGCGGCGCACUCGGAAUCCGAUUCGACUCUGUACUUACACGGCCUAGAUGGGUCAAGGACCAUGUUCCUGCCAGCAUCAGAACCGGCGCUGGACGUCGCCUCUGUCGAACUGAAUGGCAACACGAUUGUGGCAGCUCUCUCGGAGUCAAGACUGAGGUUGUACAAAGCCGUGCCGACAAACUCAUGACGACUGGAGAUUUAGCGUUUGCAAGAUCUGUGGACCUGCAAGGAUCUAGUGCUGUGAACUGUGUACUAAACGCGACGGAAAAGGCUCAAGGGCUGAACGAAAUUUAUAUAUUGUUAAUAAUUUAGAAGGAGAAAUUAUUGCUAGCGAUAUUUAGGAGUUUAUUGCAGCAUGCUGUUCAGACGCAAACGAGGUUUUUAUUUAUGCGUGGCAAAGAAACCACUGCACUUAAUAAGUGAAGUGGGGUCAAUAGAAUGUCGACUGAUGAGAGAUGAUUACCCCUCAACAGUCGACACAAUUAUGCCGGCCUGUUAUUAAAUACACAGCCGAACGUGACACACUUACAAACGUGGGCCACUAUGACGGGAUUUAAUAUUGACAUUGCGUUACUAAAUUAAACCACAGGCUAAUAUUCUUAAAAAUAACACUUUAUAAUAAGUUACUUGAGCCGUAGACGUAAAAAAGAAGUGUAAGUUUCGAACAAAAUAAAUAUUAAUAAAAAGUAAUUUUAAUUUUACGCGCCCUAAUGCCACUACUACUAUAAGAGAAUUUGUCGUAGCGAUAUCACACUUUCAAUCAGAAAUACACUCAUGCACCCACCAUAUUUUUGUUUGACUACAAAAUGAUCGAACAGUCAGAAAUAAAACCGUUAUUUUUGGUGAAAAUAUUCAUUCCUCGAUGAUUUUUGGCACAAUAUCAGUAAAGGUGAAGACGAGUAUGUGGUUUCAUUUAGUAACGCAAUGUCAAAAUACCUGUAUUAUGAUCGUUUAAGCCAGGCAAGUAUUUACUGGUGGUAGGUCUCUCAUAUGUGAGAGUCCGCCUGGGUAGGUACCACCGCAAUGUCUAUAUCUGCCAAACAGUGUGUAGUCACUGUUGUGUUCCGGUUUGAACAUUGUAGCCAGUGUAACUACUGGACAUAAUGAGACUUAACAUCUCAUGUCUCAGACGAGCGCAGUGGAAUACCAAACACUUUGUAAUUCACGGUGUUGGUGUUUCUACUGUUUAUGGGCGGUAUCGUUGACCAUAAGGCGAACGGCAAGCGCAUCUCGUCAUUCAAAAUAAAAAAAAGUAUUGCCUGCGCUCGCGCAUGUUAACGGUACAAAAUUUAUAAACAAUAAUUACUAUUAUUGCCAGCAAUAAUUGAUUGUCAAAAGUGUUUAAGGACUUACUUUUAUAAUCGAAUAUUUUCGUAGAUUAUGUUGCAGUUUGGAUGUAAUUUGGAAGUGUUUCCAGUUUCGCCCGUUGAGCCUCUUCGAUCCCGUUUUGAUGCUGCCAUUUGAACUUGGUGAAUGUAAUGUAAAUUAAUAUAAGUCGAUAUUAAUAAAUGUGUAGUGUGUUCAUUCA